GCCUGCCGCUCAUUCUUCCUUUUGCGCCGUCGAACUCGAACUGCCAGUCCUCCAAGCGCCAUGACCAAGCAAGUCAACAUCGGUAUCAACGGAUUCGGCCGCAUCGGGCGCCUUGUCGCCCGCGCCGCGUUCGCCAACCCCAACACGACCGUUGUCGCCAUCAACGACCCCUUCAUGAGCUUGGACUACAUGGUGUACUUGUUCAAGUACGACUCGACCCACGGUCGCUACCCUGGUACCGUGGUCGCGGAAAACGGCAACUUGGUCAUUGAUGGCCACGUCGUUCGCAUCUUCACCGCCAAGAACCCUGCUGAAAUUGGCUGGGCUUCUGUCGGCGCUGAUUACGUUUGCGAAUCUACGGGUGUCUUCACCAGCACGGAAGCGUGCUUGUCCCACAUCCAAGGUGGCGCCAAGAAGGUCGUGAUCUCGGCUCCCCCCAAGGACAACACCCCUAUGUACGUCGUCGGCGUCAACCACCUCAAGUACGAUGGUUCGGCCAACGUUGUCUCGAACGCGUCGUGCACCACCAACUGCUUGGCCCCUCUUGCCAAGGUCAUCAACGACAAGUUCGGCAUUGUGGAAGGCCUCAUGACCACCGUGCACGCCACCACCGCGAACCAGUUGACCGUCGAUGGUCCUUCCCGUGGCGGCAAGGACUGGCGCGCUGGUCGUGGCGCUGGCCAAAACAUUAUCCCUGCCUCGACAGGUGCUGCCAAGGCCGUCGGCAAGGUUUUGCCUGAAUUGAACGGCAAGUUGACCGGCAUGGCUUUCCGCGUGCCCGUCGCCGAUGUGUCGGUUGUGGACUUGACUGUCCGCCUUCAAAACGGCGCUUCGUUGGUCGACAUCAAGGCUGCUUUGAAGCACGCCUCUGAAAACGAGUUGAAUGGCAUCCUCGGUUACACCGAAGACGACGUGGUGUCCCAAGACUUCAUCACGGACAAGCGCUCGAGCAUCUUCGACGCCAACGCCUCCAUCUCGUUGAACGACAAUUUCGUCAAGCUUGUGUCGUGGUACGACAACGAAUGGGGUUACUCCAACCGCUUGGUCGACUUGAUCUUGCACAUGGCCUCCGUCGACAACUAAAUUUUUAUCGAAGCAACUUUGCUUGUUUAAUUUCCGAGUCGUCGACAUGUCUGCAACUGUCUCUGGUGGUAGAUGCAUCGGGUGCAUUUCACCUGCGUUUGGCCCUGUGGUGGUAGCCAAACCUCCGUACAGCGAACUGAAAUCAAUUCAUAGCGCAUGCAAAAGGA